GAGAGGAAGCCCACCGUGGAUGCAGAGGAGGCUCAGAGGAUGACAACCCUGCUGUCUGCCAUGUCUGAGGAGCAGCUGUCCCGCUACGAAGUGUGUCGCCGGUCAGCUUUCCCGAGAGCACGCAUUGCGGGUCUGAUGCGGGCUAUCACUGGCAGUUCGGUGUCUGAGAACGCGGCCAUUGCCAUGGCUGGAAUAGCCAAGGUCUUUGUCGGAGAGGUGGUGGAAGAGGCCCUGGACGUGUGUGAGAUGUGGGGAGAGACGCCCCCGCUGCAGCCCAAGCAUUUAAGGGAGGCCGUUCGCAGGUUAAAGCCCAGGGGCCUCUUCCCCAACAGCAACUGCAAAAGAAUCAUGUUCUAGGCCCGAGGCCAGAGGGCAGGGUCUGUUUGUGCAGGAAGAAGUACCGCGUUCAUCUUCCAAUGACAGGAGUGUGUGUGCUGGAGCUCCUGCAUCUCAGUCCCACCUGGAUUUACCCACGAUCUCAGUGUCUUAAAAUGUGCAGUUGCCCUUACCUGGAUGAAGACAGCAGAUCGUUUCAUAGGAGCCUUGGCUAAAUCUUUGGGCAUUUUAAUGGGAUGUGGAGGCGUUUUUCUAUGUCUUUCCAGUUGGAGGACUCAAGGUGCCUGGGCCCAGAGCAUCCCGUGGACAGGCAGCCGCAUUCAGAGAGGGAAGCCCUUCCCAGGAGAUCUGUAUGGUUUCCCGCUGAAGCCUGGUGUAGCUGUCUCUUAGCUUGUAUGCUUCUGUCUGGGUUCCGGUGAUUGGAGCUUGCAGAAAUGUUUCCCCGAUUGUUGUUCUUCUGUACAUUUUCAAUGCUCAUAUGUAAUUUUGUGAGCCAUCACGAGAACAGUUAAACUGAGCAACUGAUUUCCAAACUGCAGACAUCAAA